AAAUUACUGGAGCACUCCACUAGUUACUUUUUUUCUUUCAUAAAAAGGCUUUCCCGUUAUUCCCUUUGUUUACUACUCCAGUACCAGUAGCUAGCUAACAGGCCGGAGCCCAAUACAUGCAUAUGGACUCCUCUCCUCCGGCAAACUUAUCCGGCGACCGGGAAAAGAUAAUUCAGGAGCUGAUUCAAGGCCGUGAAUCAGCAAACAAGCUGCUCACGCUUAUCCUUGGAAAGCCGCCCUAUGGUGAUGAUAAAUCAUCAUCUGUGUCGGCCGACGAUCUCCUUAUGAAAAUCUUUGCAUCGUUCGCGGAAUCUAUAUCGGUGUUGAACCGGGGGGCCCCACUUGAGCAGGUUUUCGAUAAAAUUCCGGUAAAUACUGUCGGGAGUUUGCCUAUUGGCUUGCAGCCCGAAGAUUCCGAGGGGAGCAGCAAGAGUACAUCGGUUUUGAAACAACGGAGAGGGUGUUACAAGAGGAGAAAGACUAACCAAACAUGGACAAAAAUCACCCCAAAUUUGAUCGACGAUGGCCAUGCGUGGAGAAAGUAUGGACAGAAAGUUAUCCUCAAUACCAAACAUCCAAGGAACUACUAUAGGUGCACUCACAAGUUUGAUCAAGGUUGCCAAGCAACCAAACAGGUUCAAAGUACCGAGGAGGACCCACCAAUGUUCCGGACCACAUACAACGGCAGUCACACUUGUCAAAAUCUACUUAAACCUCCUCAAAUAAUCCUGGAUUCCACUAUCCCUGGGGACAGCUCUAAUUCAGUUUUCCUUAGCUUUGGUUCAACCAACUAUCCAGGCACCAACUUGAACCAUGAAACCUAUUACCCAACCUUCCCUUUGGUAAAACAGGAAUAUUCUCCUAACCAAGAGCUGAAGCCUAGUUUCGACCACAACAAAUCAACGUUGGCUAAUCCUUUAUUGACGUUUGAUUCAUCUGAGCCUAUGCUAACGUUGUCAUCAGGGUCUGAUCACGGUGAUAUGAUCUCUUCUUCCGGAGCUUACUCAUGUACGGCUAGCACACAUGAUGAUAGUCAUCAUAGCUUUGACCUGGAUGUGUUUGGGGCUGUUGGUGAUAUUGAUGUCUCUGAGUUUGGAUUUUGUUAAUUAGUCCUACGUGUAUGCUGUUGUAUAAGAAUUUUCUCUUUUUUUCUUACUUCCUAAACUUGAUGUAUAGAAGUAUGUAUCAUUUAACAUGUAUAUGUUUUUUCCUCGA